AUGGAGCAAGAAGUCGACGCCUGGAUCGAGCAGCUCUCGCAAUGCAAGCAGCUGACAGAGCCCGACGUAAAAAAGUUGUGCGACAAGGCGCGGGAGAUCCUGAUGGAGGAGUCCAACGUCCAGCCCGUGCGCUGCCCCGUCACCGUCUGCGGUGACAUUCACGGACAGUUCCAUGACCUGUCUGAGCUGUUCCGGAUCGGGGGCAACUCGCCCGACACGAAUUACCUCUUCAUGGGUGACUACGUCGACCGAGGCUACUACUCGGUAGAGACAGUCACCCUGCUCGUUGCAAUGAAGCUCCGCUACCGUGACCGCGUCACCAUCCUCCGCGGGAAUCACGAAUCCAGACAGAUCACCCAGGUUUACGGCUUCUACGACGAGUGCCUCCGCAAGUACGGAAACGCCAACGUCUGGCGCUACUUCACCGACCUCUUCGACUACCUCCCCCUUACCGCCCUCAUCGAGUCCCAAAUAUUCUGCCUUCACGGCGGUCUCUCCCCAUCGAUCGACACCCUCGACCAUGUUCGUGGGAUUGACCGUGUUCAGGAGGUACCCCACGAAGGCCCGAUGUGCGACUUGCUCUGGUCCGACCCCGACGACCGCUGUGGCUGGGGCAUAUCCCCCCGCGGAGCCGGCUACACCUUCGGCCAGGAUAUCUCCGAGGCCUUUAACCACAACAACGGCCUUACGCUCGUUGCGCGUGCACAUCAGCUUGUAAUGGAGGGUUACAACUGGGGUCAGGAUAGGAACGUCGUGACGAUCUUCAGCGCACCGAACUACUGCUACCGGUGCGGGAACCAGGCCGCGAUUAUGGAGAUUGACGAGAAGUUGUCGUAUACCUUCUUACAAUUCGACCCCGCACCGCGCGCCGGCGAGCCGCUUGUCUCCCGCCGCGUACCGGACUACUUCCUGUGA